GAUAUAUAUAUACAUAUACAUAUAUAUAGAAUUCAUAUUGAUCUAUCCAUCUAUCGAUUCAUUUCAUCUCUCCAUCCCAUCGGAGAAUAAAGUAAAGCGACUAAACCAAACCAAACCAAACCAAACCAUCGCGGAACUCUGUUUCUUCCUCCCGCCUCGCCUUGGUCGGUCAGGAAAUUGGGAUGCGCAACUAGAGGAGAGUCGAUCGAUUGGGUUUGAGAUUUCUCUUUCUUUCGACCGAGUGUAUUGUAUUGUACUGUGUUGUUGUUGUUUUUGGUGAGGGCGCGUGAGAGAGUGAGUGAGUGAGAGAGAUAGAGUAAAUGGAUCGAUCAAUAAAUAGAUCCAUCUUUAGAUUUGUUUUAUGCCUUUGAUGUAUCAUAUAUAGUUAUCAUAUAUAACUCUCUACAUAACAUUAUUCACAUGUGCAGAGGUAUCGUCGCACGCACGCAGGAAUGUUGGUCUCAUCAUGUAAUAGAGUGGGCGAGUGGAUAUCUGUCUGUACCGAUGGAUACCUAUGCACCUCGUUCCACAGAGUACGCAAGGGACACCGAGAGGAUACUCCUUCCUGUUCAUCCUUUGCUGAGGGAUUCCUGCUGGGUAACGCACGCUGCUGGCUGGGUAGAGGGACGCGGAAAUGAACAUGGCACGCGAGUGAAGGUCAUUGGUUGCAUCAGCCUUGUCAACGACUUGUCAACCAGGAUCGAACCCUCUCUGGGAUCCAUUUGCACCGAGAAACACAAGACAAGACAGAAGAGAAUCAUGGACUCCCCUCCCCCCCCCCCUCCCCUGCCGCCCUUCGCUGCCAGGGGUCCUUCCCCCACAUUAUUCGGGAGAUCAUCUAACUUUUUUGCUCUGGAAUCCCAAGAAGCAUCGGAUGGGGCCAAGGAACAAGGGCCCCGUUCCACCAUCACCGGUCCAAGCCAUGCAUUCCUUUCCCAUCCCAUCUCAUCCCAUUCCCAUGCACAAUUAACGUUGCGUCGAAGUACCUUUUCUUUUGGCUUUCGGGUUGCCUUUCCCGUCGUAGUGGUCGUGGUCGUGGUAGUGUUGUCGUAGAGGCCGUGGUCGUGAUCUUGUGAUGGUCUGUGGUUUAUUGAUUUAAUAUUAUGAUGUGGUGGGCGUGGGCGAGGGCGAGGGCGAGGGCGAGGGAGAGGGAGAGCAUGGAGGAAGGAGAGGAAAGGAAAGGAAAGGAAAGGAAAUGAGGUGUGAAAGGACAAAAGUAUGCGGAGGAGGAUGAGUACAAGUAGCAGUGCUUGGUGGUGGUGGUGGUUGAUUGUUAUUGUAUUUAUUACCACAUGUAUGGCCAUUCCCAUUCCCUUUGCCUUUCCCUUUGCACCUUUUAUUUAAUUAUCUGAUUAUUUAA